UGUAUUAAUAAGCAAAAUAGAUAAGAGGAAAAGGAUAAGUGAUGGCUUUUUCUUCUUCAAUCAGCUUAAGCUAUGGAAAGUUGUGUUCUGGAUUUCAUUAUAAUAAGCAACCAAUUUUAUCAAAAUAUUCCAAGAAUUCACAUUUCUCAGUUUUUUUAUCUACCCAAAAUGGACACCAUUUGAAGCUUAAGGUACAAUAUCCCAGAGCAUCUUUUGAUACUGAAGGCCUUCCCUCUGAGAUUACUGAGGAUUCUAAGUUUGUUUCUAUAAACGCCGAAGACCCAAAAUAUGGUCCACCUGCUUUGUUGUUGCUGGGCUUCGAAGUGGACGAAGCAGCAAAGAUACAACAGCUUUUGAAAGAGAUGGAUGGUGAAUUCCUCCAGGUCAUCUUUUGUACCGAAGACAUGAUUUCUCGCUCACUUUGGGAAGCAGUGAACACGAAACAGACCAAUUUAGAUGCUUCAAAGAUUGCUAAACAGCUUCCGCGAAUUUGCUUCCUGUCUGGCCUUACCGGAGAGGAGAUGAUGAUGUUUCUUGACGCAUUUGAAGAAAGUGGACUUGAAGACCCCGUCUUUGCUGCUCUUGUUCCAAACAGCGCGGAGAAGCCAUUACAAGAAUUAAUCGAUGAGAUUAUGGGAGAUCAUGAACUACUUUCUGCCAAAAAUUCAAGCUAGAGGGAAAAAAAUGUAUUUUUCUUUUUUAUAAUUAGCACUGAUUAUAAAUUUUGUUAUUUAAUUUUUUACACUAUCAAUAUAUAUAUAAUUGGUUUAUCUAUUAUACAUUGUUGUC